AUGAAUCCGGAAAACGGAGGAGGGCAGUGUGUAGAAGCGGUGGACGGCAAGCAGUUCGAUGAUCUGUAUAAGGCGACAAUGGAGAACCGAUGGAGCCAAGUGUUACAAAUUCUCAAGGAAAACAACACCCUUCACCACACCAAGCUGACCAAGUCACUGGAGACGGCUUUGCACGUCGCAAUCUCCACUUACCAUCCUAAAACACCCUCCUCCCACCUCACGCACAUGAUUCAACUCAUGAAGAGCAGUGGCACGCUAGCCACCGUGCUGGCGACGGAGAACCAGAGAGGAGACACCCCUCUCCAUCUCGCGGCUGCCGUUGGAUGCCUACCCAUCUUCGACAGCCUCCAGGAACAGGAUCUCCUCCAGCCCCCCCUCCACAGUCGGAACAAAAAGGGGGAGACGCCCUUGUUCCUGGCCGCUCUUCACGGCAACCUCGCUGUUUUCCGCCGUCUGCACAAACUUAAGCCCCAAGACGAGUCUCUCGCCCGCAGGAAAGAUGGAAAUACCAUCCUGCACAAAGCUAUUUUCGAAGAAAACUUCGAAUUAGCUUAUGAGAUCAUUUGCAAGUAUUCAAAGAUGGUGAAGUCUAUAAAUGAAGAUGGAGAAUCUCCCCUCCAUGUCUUGGCCAAGAAACCGAAUGUGUUCAAAAGCAGCUCCCAUCUUCGAUUCUAUGACUCCAUCAUUUACUACUGUGUGUUUGUUGAAAAGUUAAACGAUGAAAAGUUCAGCAACGGAAGCCCAGAUGAUUCGACGGCAGCUCCCUUGGAAACUAAGCUUAAAUAUCCAGACAACUACACAACAUGUGUGAAAAUCUUUCUAAUUAUUCGAGAUAGUAUUAUUGUAAUCUUCAAGAAUAAUCGACCCAGCGAUGAAGAAAAUCAGUAUCACCAACAAAAAAGAGCUCUAAACUCAGCUAUUGCCAAGGGAAAGAAGGGAUACAGAAGCUAUCAUGAUUUAUUUCCUGUCAACUACGAUACUUGCAUAGAUCUUUUCAAAUUUGCAAUGAAGGUCAUCCUUAUUAUCCUUGGAGUUGGAUUUUGGAGGGUACAUAAGAUAAACGAAAAGAAGAAACGAUACCUAAAUGCGAUGGAUGUUUUGGAUAAAAUGUUGGAGGAUGAGUCAGGAUACAAAUAUGAUAACAACGGUCAACGCCCUCAACUUGAUCCACAAGAAGUUUCUGGAAAAAUCGAAAUCCCCAAAGCGCCGCCUCAGUUUGAUGUUGAUGAUAACACAAUAGCUCCCACCACUGCGCCAACAUCUUCAUCCAAUCCUCCUCCUCAAUCCAAUGCUCAACACAAUCAAGGCAAGAAGGCAGCCAAGGCAGAGGGGUUCAUUACAAAAGACACUCCACUACUUGUAGCAGCAAGAACGGGAAUCCUUGAAAUAGUAAAGAGAAUACACAAAAAAUGCCAUGUCUCCAUUCAAGAUCUCGACUCCAACGAGAAGAACGUGCUGAUGCUCGCAGCUGAAUACAGGCACACCGCCGUAUUCAAUUAUCUCUGCGACUCGAAGCUUCCCGAAUACAUGUUUCGGCAGUUCGAUAAAGACGGGAACAGCAUCCUGCACCUCGCCGCCAAGCUCACCGAGCUCUACCCUUGGCGAAUCCCCGGCGCUGCUCUCCAGAUGCAGUGGGAGAUCAAGUGGUACAAGCAUGUCAAAGGAAUAGUGUUUAAUCAGCACAUUUCUCAGUCCAACAAGAAAGGGAAAACGCCUAGGACUGUAUUCUCAGAAACGCACAAGGACCUAAUGAAGGCCGGUAACGAAUGGCUCAUCAAAACUUCCGAAUCCUGCUCAGUUGUCGCGGCCCUCAUAGCCGCCGUUGCGUUCGCCACCUCGUCCACUGUUCCCGGCGGCCUAAACCAAGACAAGGGGAAACCGGUUCUCCAAGAUGAGAAGGCCUUCGACGUAUUCUCGGUGGCUUCGCUGGUGGCGCUCUGCCUGUCCGUGACGGCCCUCGUUUUCUUUCUGGCCAUCAUAACGUCGCGGUGUGAGGAGCGCGAUUUCAAGAGGAAUCUGCCGAGGAAGCUGUUGGCCGGGCUGAGCUCUCUGUUUGCGUCCAUUACUGCGAUACUCUUGUCUUUCUGUUCUGGCCACACUUUCAUCUUGAGGGAGGAGCUCAAGUUUGCUGUCAUCCCCAUAUAUGCCUCCGUCACCAUACCCGUCGCGUUUUUCGCCAUCGCGCAGCUGCCCUUGUACUUUGAUCUUCUCUGGGCUGCCUGCAAGAAGGUGCCUUUGCGCAGCUACAAGGUGUUCUGUUACUAGUGUGUGUGGUUUUGCCUUUGGCUUCGAGUCAUAUAUGUUAUGGUUUUUGGAUUGAGUUUGAGAAUAUAUGAAUUGUGAUAAGCUAUAUCCCCUUACUUAUGAUGCAGGAUAUUACAGUUUCCAUGUGUUGUUUAA